CCCGCUGGGCCUCAAGGUGAUGGUGGGGACGGGCGCUGCUGCACGUUGCCCUGACGCGCGCGCGAGGGGGGUGUGGGGGAGGUGAAGGGAGCGAGUGCGCGCGCGGCAGCAGCAGCGGCCGUUGGGUCAACCGCCGCCCGGUGUGUCUCCAUGGCUCCGGGCCCGUGAGGAGGAGCAGUGGCUUGACCACAAGAGUCUUCAAUAUGUUCAAGAAAUAUUUUUGAAAGGUGGGGAAUUAGCAGAAGAAGAAAAAGUUUUCAAAGAUCAAAAACUUGUAUUUUUUUUUGUAUAUCUGUAAAGGAAUAAGAGGAACCUCAGCCACAUUUCAUCAAAAUGCAAAGGAGCAUAUUACAAACCACAUCUCAGCUAGCAAAUGGGACAUGUUUGUUUUUUUCUCCCACUAAUAUCUUUCAGUGCUUAAAAGAACAAUCAGUCUCAUCUAAUGUUGGAUGCAAAGUGAUUUUGGCACUGGGCCCUCCUAAACGAUGUCAUCAUGCAGGUGCAGCGCUGUUUGCUUCAAAGAAAAGUGCAUUUUCAUCCCAGCCAGCAAACGCUCCUCACAAAGUACCAGAAGAGAGAAAUGCUUUGACUUCAGCCAAUGUUAUGCCCAAGCAGAGCCCUGUAGAAUCAGAUUCUUCAGACCCUGAUCCAUUACAAGACAAAUCAAUUAGUCUUUUCCAGAGAUUCAAGAAAACUUUUAAACAGUAUGGAAAAGUCAUGAUUCCAGUGCAUCUUUUGACUUCCACUGUAUGGUUUGGAUCCUUUUACUAUGCAGCCAUGAAAGGAGUGAAUGUUGUUCCAUUCCUAGAAUUGAUUGGCUUACCAGACAGCAUAGUAAAUAUCCUGAAAAAUUCCCAAAGUGGAAAUGCACUAACUGCAUAUGCAUUGUAUAAAAUUGCAACUCCUGCCAGAUAUACUGUAACUUUAGGAGGAACAUCCCUCACUGUCAAAUAUCUACGUAAGAAUGGCUAUAUGUCCACACCACCACCAGUAAAGGAGUAUCUGCAAGACAGAAUGGAGGAAACAAAGGAUAAAAUCACAGAGAAGAUGGAGGAAACAAAGGAUAAAAUCACAGAGAAGAUGGAAGAGACAAAGGAUAAAAUCACAGAGAAGAUACAGGAAACCAAAGAUAAAGUUUCAUUUAAAAAAAUAAAGGACUAGGAAAGAUGCUUAAUUAUUGGAUAUAUCAAACUUAGCACUUUAAGCCUUUGAGGCAGGAGAUACGAAGUGCACUUCUGAGCUUUCAUCUUUUUGUCUGGAGACUACAAUUGCUCUGUGGAUUAAAAAUUUCUGCACGUUCACCAAGGCUAAGGUUCCCUAGGGGAGGGUAAUUGCAGCAAAAUUUUCAUUUAUAAAAGCAAAAAUGAAUCUCAGAUUAGAAGUUCAUUUGUCCAGUGGUUAAUAGUGUCAACACUUCUUCCCCAUUUUCCUCCUCAAAAAUGAAGAUGUUUCUUCUACAAGCCACCUUUCUACUCUUGCCCCAUCUUAAUGCACAAUUAUUAUUCUGUCAGAAUGAAUCUUCCAUUACAAAAGAAUGAAGAUUUCUCUACUGGGGAAGAUGAUGUAUUUUGUUUUUUCAGAGUAUGUGUAGCCAGGCCUCUUCAGCCAUUGUCAUCUCUCAACUCAGAGACAGACCAUUAUCACAGAUACUGCACAUGAAGGAAUCAAUGGAUUAGCUACUCAGCCUGUAUAAAUUGUUACUACUACAUUGACUUCAGCUGAGCUUUUACAGUUUACAGGUUGAGGAUAUGAACCUUUCCUGGAAAGUGUCUUAACUUUUCAGAAAUCUCUCAACUGAAAGGGAUAGGAAGAUGAGUUAAUCACAAUAGCCAUAUUGCCAGCUAUACUUUUUUCCCUAAAGUUGAUUUACAAUAGAAAGUUAUUAAAUAAAAUGAAUCAAUUUUAUAUUCAACUAGAUUUUUUUAUUACGUUAAAGUUUACAAAACUUCUAUUUUAUGGUUGUCCUACACCCACAAAAAUACUCAAAAGGAGAGGUUUACUUGAUUAAGUGGUAUACUAAAGGGGCUUUUUUAAAACAAAGUUAGAGCUAAACCCAAAAGUUCCCUCUCCUACCCAAGGAUCUCUCAGACUUCAGAACAAUUUACCUAUACCUUUACCUAUACCUGUACCAUGCUAUAAGCGUAGUUUCUGUGAGACAGUGAUCAGCCUACCAGACUUUUUCCUGUAGAUGUUCUUAGGACAAGCAAAUACUAUUAUUUGGAGCUGAAGGUUGAAAUGCUAUGGCAGAGACAUAAAUGGCUAAAGCUGAAACUGCUCUGUUUGACUGGGCAGCCAAACUUCUUUCCUGUUUUUUUUUUUUUUUUUUUUUCAAAUUUAGGCUCAAUUAAAGGGUUUUUUUUUUCUAUUUCUAUUAUAGAUCUCACUUUCUAAUAAAUCGGUGCAUGCUUAUCUUUUUUAACAAGGAUUUUUUGCAGGGUGAUACAGGGGAGCAACAGGGUUGGACCCUAGGACUUGUAACUGACCAAGAUAAAAGAAUAUAGCUGAUCAAAUACCAGCUUUGCCCCACUCCUGUGCUUUCUGUCAAGUCAUUGAGAGCCUGUUCAUGCUUAGAUGGGUUGAAAUUUGUUAAUUGUGCAAGAUUGAUUACAUACUUUUAUGCCACUGUCCACAUGUCAAUAGUAACUGCAAUCCAAUGCCUACCUCACAGGGAUGUUGUGAGGAGUAAUCACUGUAUGUUCAGUGCCCUGAAGAUGUAAAGUGCCAUGUUUCUGUUGAAUAUUAUUUAAAAAAAAUCUAA